CGUGACAUUUGCUAUAUUAAGAAAGUGAUUGAAUCAUUGUUGUGGUUAAAUUUUAUCAAUUCCUUUUAUCAUUUAAAUGAAAUGAACUGUUGUGUCAUUGUCUGAUUAAAUCCAAUUGCAACUGCAAACAUCCUUUUACCACUUGAAUUAAAAUGCUCAACAAUAUGGAUCUUACAGAGGAGCAAGUGCAGGAAUUCCUUGCCAAACAAGAUUUCCCACCUAUGAAGAACACCCGUAUUCUUCAGGCUGCAAGAGGUGAAAUCCCUGAUAAGUUGCCUAUUUGGAUUAUGAGACAAGCUGGAAGGUAUCUUCCAGAGUUUCAAGCUCUUCGCAAAGAGCAUUCAUUCUUUAAAAUCUGCCAAACACCAAAAUUGGCAUGUGAGGCAACUCUUUUGCCAAUCAGAAGGUAUGAUUUGGAUGCUGCUAUCAUUUUCAGUGACAUUCUUGUUAUACCACAGGCACUGGGCAUGGAAGUGCUUAUGGUUCCAGAAAAGGGACCAGUAUUUACCAGUCCAUUGACCUUAGAAACCUACAACACUCUAACUUGGGAGAACGCUGUUAACAGGCUUUCUUAUGUAGGAGAUGCAAUUAGAUUGACCAGGCAUCAACUUGAAGGACGCGUUCCGUUGCUAGGUUUUUCAGCAGCUCCAUGGACCUUAAUGGUUUAUAUGAUUGAAGGAGGUUCUCCAAAAGCCGCGAUGCAUGCAAGAAAAUGGUUAUACGCCGAGGAAGCCACUACCAUAGAUUUUCUUCAGAAGCUAGCCGACGUCAUUGUAGACUACUUAGUGAUGCAAGUGAAAUCCGGUGCUCAGAUGUUGCAGCUAUUUGAAAGCUGUGCUGAGUUCUUGAAUGUGGAGAUGUAUGAAAAACUGAUGGCUCCAAUGCUGAAGAAAAUCAGAGAGGGAGUUCGUGAUAAACUUCUGCAGGAGAACGUCGAGCCUGUGCCGAUGGUUUUCUUUGGAAAGGGCGGAUCGCAUUUAGUCGACAUUCCAAUUAAAGCGGGCUUCGAUGUUAUCAGCAUCGAUUGGAUUACCGAUCCAAGAUCAAUCCGCAGCAGACACUCAAAUGUCACCUUACAAGGUAACCUAGAUCCUUGUGCGAUGUACUGCAAGAAAGAAGAACUCGUCGUACACAUCAAGAAAAUGUAUGAGAAGUUCGGGUUCAAAAACUACAUCGUCAACCUAGGUCAUGGCAUCCAUUUAGACACACCCACGGAAUCUGUAGCGACUUUCGUUGAAACUGUUCACUCAUUCAUGUAAACACUAUUAAUUAAUACUAUUAUAUAUUUAUAGUAUACGUUUUUAUAUAUAAACUACAAGAUGUUAUUUAAA